UAGGCUAUAAAAAGGGAAGACGGUAAUUCACGAGUGCAUAGUUCCAAAGAAGAGAAAAAGCUCGACAGAAAUGGAACUCGACAGAAAGGAAAGCGAUUUACAGCCAAUUGGAGGUUCGGCUGCUACACCAAUGCUGGGGAAUGUGGAAAUUAGAGACCAAGACAAAAGCACUGACCGCGGUAAAAAAAGAAAAAAGUCAAAUGCAUGCAAAAUACUCAUCGGGGUUCUGCUGCUGUGUUUGCUGAUCAUAAUUCUAGCGUUUGUGUUUGGACUGGGAUUAUGCUAUUCGGAAGAAGGUAAAAGUUGCAAGAACAGAUGUAAUUUGAAAGCCAGUGGUUCAGGAUGUCACUGUGACAGUUCCUGUUUACAGUUGGGAAAUUGCUGUCUGGACUUCCAGGAAGUGUGUCAGCAGCCAGCUCAGGACUGGACCUGUACCAAAUUCCGGUGUGGUGAACAAAGGCUGUCUAGAAGUCAUUGUUUCUGUUCUAAUGACUGUUUAACUAAAGGAGACUGCUGUACCAACUAUAACAGUGUUUGUCAAGGUGAGAAAAGCUGGGUGGAGGAAGACUGUGAGGAUAUUGAUACACCCCAGUGUCCAGCAGGAUUUUCACACCCACCUGUCAUUCUGUUUUCCUUGGAUGGGUUCCGAGCUGAAUACUUACAAACCUGGGGUGGUUUAAUGCCAGCAAUAAGUAAAUUAAAACAAUGUGGAACCUCUGCCCCUUACAUGCGACCUGUUUACCCUACCAAAACAUUUCCCAACCACUACAGCAUUGUUACAGGACUCUAUCCAGAAUCCCAUGGUAUAGUGGAUAACCACAUGUAUGAUGUGACUCGAAAUGCCACGUUCAGCCUCAAAGUGAAGGAGAAGUUCAAUUCCAGCUGGUACCAAGGCCAACCUAUCUGGUUGACUGCAAAGUAUCACAAUCUGAAGUCAGGAACAUUUUUUUGGCCUGGAUCAGAUGUUGCAAUCAAUGAGACUUACCCAGAUAUCUACCAGAUGUAUAACAGGGGCAUACCAUUUGAAGAGAGGAUUUCCACUCUCCUUAAGUGGUUGAGUUUACCUUCUGAAGAAAGACCUGACAUGAUCACAUUGUACCUUGAAGAACCAGAUAGCUCUGGGCAUCGCUUUGGACCUGUGAGCAGUGCAGUAAUUCAGGCCUUGAUUAGAGUAGACAAGAUGGUAGCAAUGCUAAUGGAUGGUUUGAAACAGAGGAACUUGCAUAACUGUGUAAACCUUGUCCUCUUGUCUGAUCAUGGAAUGGAAGAAGCCAGUUGUAAGAAGGCAGAAUAUAUAUCUGAGUACAUGGAUAAUGUGGACAACUUCAUAAUUGUACCUGGUCCUGCCGCUCGGUUACGACCAAAGAAUCUGCCAGAGGACUUUUUUACUUUUGACUAUGAAGGCAUUGUGAAAAAUCUUUCAUGCAAAACUCCCGGUCAGAACUUUAAACCUUAUAUGAAACAACACCUACCAAAGCGUUUUCACUUUGCCCGCAACAUCAGAAUUGAACCAGUUCAUUUCUAUAUGAAUUCUCAGUGGCAGGCAGCACAGAAGCCAGGCAGCCUGAAAUAUUGUACAGGGGGGUUCCAUGGCUCAGAUAACCUCUUCAAAAACAUGGAGACGAUUUUUAUAGGACAUGGACCAGGAAUAACAUCCAAGAAUAAAGUGGAACCAUUUGAAAAUAUUGAAGUCUACAACCUAUUGUGUGAUCUGCUGAAUAUUACACCUGCCCCAAACAAUGGAACACAUGGAAGUCUGAAUCAUAUUUUGAAGAGACCUGUCUAUAGUCCAGUCCAUCCUACAGAGGUGUCAUCGCCUGACAUCUGUUCUGUAACUACUCUGCUGCCGACAGAUACACUUGGGUGCCAGUGCAGUUCUCAUAGUAAACCAGAGGUAGAAAACAUGAACAAACAACUGGAACUUAAUGUAGAUCAAGUGAACACAGGAAAUGAUCUUCACAUGCCAUUUGGAAGACCACGGGUUUUGCAACAAAAUGCUAAAUACUGCCUUUUAUACCAUUCUCAAUAUAUAAAUGGAUACAGUCAGGAUUUUCUGAUGCCAUUAUGGAGUGCUUACACUGUGCAAAAAUUUGAAAGUGUUAGUUCUUUACAGCCAGAAAGUACUGAUUGUUUGCGAGCUGAUGUUCGUAUACCUGCCAGUCAGAGUCAAAGCUGUCUGAGUUACAAGAAAGAUCCGAAUCUUACAUUUGGAUUCUUGCACCCCCCUAAUCUAGGGCCACCCAGCAGAAAGUCUGACUCGCUGAUUACUAGCAACACAGUGCCAAUGUAUACUGCUUUCAAAGAUAGCUGGAUACAUUUUCACAGUAUGCUGCUAUUAAAAUAUGCUAAGGAAAGAAAUGGACUCAAUGUAAUUAGUGGACCAGUAUUUGAUUACAACUAUGAUGGACACUUUGAUACUUCAGAACAACUUAAACAGAAUAUCAGAGACACAAAAAUUCUCAUCCCAACUCACUAUUUUGUGGUGUUGACCAGCUGUACGAAUUCUUCCUACCCUCCUGAGGCUUGCAAUGGCAGUUUGGAUGUUUCCUCAUUCAUUAUACCUCACAGACCUGAUAACACAGAGAGCUGUACAACUGGUACAGACUUGCAGUGGGUGGAAGAGUGGCUGAAGUUCCAUGUGGCCCGUGUACGAGAUAUAGAGCUGCUAACAGGACUCAGCUUUUACCAGGACAGAAGACAGCCGGUCACAAAGAUUUUACAGUUAAAAACAUUUUUACAGACUUUUCAGAAUGAAGAUUAAUUUCCAACAGGACAUUUUUAUACAUGGUUUUUAAAUGCAUUUUUUAUUAUUCUGCUGCCUGUAAUCAUGAAAUAUCAUGAGGCCGUUAUGUACUGUAGCAGAUUCGUUUUUUUACUUCAGUAACCAAAAAAACAAUGGCGCGCUGUGGUACUUUUGUCGGGCACAAUGAAUCGUCUGAAAAAGACGAGGCAGCUCAUUCUUGUCUAGCUUUAUUUUAGUUGUCUUGUUUUUUGUUAUAAUUCAUCAAAUAAAUAUCUUCUGUGACAGGCAUUUGUGCAAAAAAAGGAACAUUUUAUAUUUCAAAGUUUUCAUUUAAUUUGUAUUUAUCUGAAAUUAUGGGGUUCAUUUCAAUAUUAAAGUAAAGCUUUUGUCCUUUAGGCCUCUCCUUAUUUUUUACAUUAGUAUUAACAUACAUUUUUGUUCUAGUCACUUAACUAAAAUCCAAUUCAUGUGGCAACAUGAUACAAUUAUUAUAUAUUCAAUAGAAUAUAGAUUUCAUUGGAUGAAAAUUUGGUUUUAAGUCAUGGUUUGAGGAACUCUGAGAUUCAUCAAAAAACUUGUCAUUUAUUAAUAUAAUUAGAAAAUGAUUCCGUGCCACCAGUAAUUCAAAAUGUGCCUGUAAAGAAUAUCAAUAGUGCUCAUUUAAUCCAGUUACGAAUACAGUAUUUAUAAAUUACAAAUUUACUUCAUACCACACCAGAUCAUAUGGUCACCCAUACGGUUUUGGUAUUGCUGUAUAAAUGGACGUUAGUCUGACUGAUCUUAUACGAUGCCAGGGAUGCCAAAUCAAUGGACAUUUUAAAGUAAAUGCUUUAGGAAAAGCGCACAUUUUCUAACCUGGUGCUUCAAAGGACAACAGGGAUCAGCUCAAAGCAGUGCCACAUGUAUCUGUAGAAAAGCUGUCUGACAAAUCUUCUCUUUUACUUUUGUAUGUUCUAAAAUGUUUUAACUUUGUACUUUUUUUUUAAUCUGUUUUAUUGAUCGCUAUUAUUGUGUGUACAUCACUUUGGAAUGCUUCACAGCAAAUACUUCACUACAUUGUUUACUGCAGUGUGUAUGUGUGCCUCUACAUAGAUAUUUUGUGAAGAUGUAUUGUUUUUUUGGGGUUUUUUUUUACAGCCCUUAUACAAGUAUCACAUAUGUAACUGUUUGAAAAAGGCAAAUAUAAGGAGAUAUGCUAGUUCAUUAUUGAAAGUAAUGAGUGGAUUAAUGAUUACAUCUGUUGUGUAUUUUUUUUUUACAAUAAUUGUCGUGGUUGUAUGCUGUCCUAUUUUUUUUUAAGUUAGCUCGUUACAGACCCUCUGGAAACUCUUCAUGCAGUACAUGUAUUUACGUGAGGUCUACCUUCAGUCCUUCACUAGAGGGCAAUAUUGCUUACGUGGUUUUGCAUUGUUUGUAAAAGCAUCUGCUGUGCACUGUUGAAGAUUUACAGACAGUAUUAUAAAAACUUGAUUUCUUGUUUAAUAACUGAAAAAGAUGAACUUCUGAAAUUAUAAAUGAUGACUAGGGAUUUUAAGGGAUUUUUCUUUUGCUAACUCCCAGUUGGCACAGUUUGAAACCCCUGGUGGUCAUUACUAAAACCACCUCACUGAUUUAAAGGAGGCAUUAGUUAAUAAAACUGCAAAAUAACUUGCUGAGCAGAAACAACCACUGAUAAUGACAGAAAACUCACAAAACCUGUGAUAUUAAACAGUUAUUGAAUAUUGAGAAAAUGUAGAUGGUAUAUGGCAUUCAUUUAAAAUCAUUUUACAAGGUGCAUAUGGUACAUAUAAUAAAUAUAAGUGUAUUAUGACUCUUUUCUAAUAAAAGUUGAAUUGGUCAUUUUA